CAGACCUGGAGUUAGACACAGGUCCUGGGUUAGACACAGGUCCUGGGUUAUACACAGGUCCUGAUUUAAACACAGGUCCUGGGUUAGACACAGGUCCUGGGUUGGAACACAGGUCCUGAACCAGACUUGGGCUGGUAUGGGCGUGCGGGCUUAUGGGCAAGGAACGUGUCGGUGGAGCCUGUGCUGUUCGUCCAUAACCUGUGUUCGCAGGUGACAUAUGUGGCUUCACAGGAACUGAUGAAGGAAAAAGCAUGUCAGGUCAACUACGGGCUGAGUGAGGUCGUGUGUGGGAACUUGACCAAUUACGACACGUCUCAGGUGGCGGUGCAGGACCUGGUCUCCAAUUUCCUCAUGUAUCGCUCCAUCUUUGAGACGGCCAUCCAGGUGGGGUGCGUGGUGGUGCUGGGGUCGUGGAGCGAUCGCUGGGGGCGCCGGGUACCUCUCAUGUUCGCCUUGACCUGUUUGCUGGGGGAGUCUACAGCAUAUCUGGUCAACGCCCUCGUGCCCUCUUGGCCUCUGGAGGUGACACUUGUGUCAUCAGUGCCGUAUUCACUCAGCGGCGGGACACAUGGCCUCCUCAUGCUCUGCUUCGCUCACCUCGCUGACAACUCCAAAUCACGUUGGUGUCUACUUCUUGCCCAAGAGUAAACUGACCCGGUACAGGAUAAGAGAUGUUAAUGCUAAUGGCAUAGUUUUGUUAGAUAAUGUCAAUGGUAGGUUAGUUUAAGUUAGUUUAGGGGUAAGUUAGGAAACGUUAGGUUAGAUUAAGUUAGGUUAGGUGACAUUGGGUUAGAAUGAGAAGGUUAAGUGACAUCAAUUUUAGUUCUAAGUUGGGUUAGGUUCCAGAUCCAUAAAUCUGAUGUAAUGGCCCCUGUCUCAUCAACAGAAAGUAUUAUAUA